AUGCCGAAAUUCCAAGGCAACCUCUGGAACAUGUCCACCUGCAACCGCCUGGUGGCUGAGCGGACAGAGCUGCGCCGCCAUGAAAAGCAUCUCCAAGCGCUGGAAAGCACCCGAGGUCUCGUGGAUGCAAAACAACCAAAGGAUCAUGCGCAUCUGCGGAAUAAGCUGAAAACAAGGAAACUGCAGGAGGAUCGAGCUGCCGAAAUACAGCUCGAGAACCGGAUCCUGCUUCAGAAGAUGUUGAACAUCGACACCAAGCCAUCGCAGAUCAGCGAUGCACAGACUAGCACAGCCACGCGGCCGCGAAGCCUUCAUGGCGAAUCACAGCGGAGGGAGGCAGGGCGAAUCGCGGCUGAAAACCAGGCAUUGCUGCAGAGACUUCAGAACACCAAGCCCUCGAUCGACCCUCGCGCUUGGGACGAGGAGGAGGUUGAUCGACAGGCCCUGAAGUUCCGACUCUCACAGAACUCCUCGGCUGGCCGUGUCAUGAAGUUGCGAAUGCCACACAAAGAGAUGGGGAUGGGCAGCAGCCGGCUUCCGAGGAUUGCCGACUUCGCCGGCCGAACCGAGUCAGAAUGGGAUGCGAUAGUCAAGCCGUUGACGGACACAGACUCCCCUCCCUGA